AUGGGUAGAAGUCUCUUUAUUCCUCUCGGAUGUUCCUGCAACCGUGGAGGUCUUUUUCCCUGUCUUAGUACAGAAAAACCUUACAACCGUGAGGCAUUCAAGCAAACUUUGAAGAAGAUUUGGCGUCCUGUAAAAAAGAUAUGGGUGAAGGAUUUGGGGUCUAAAAUUCUUUUGGUGGAGUUUGAAGAUCAUCAGGAAAAGGCUAGGGUGCAAUGUGAGGGUCCUUGGUCCUUUGAUAGAAAUCUAAUUUUGAUGCAGAACUAUACAGGAGAAGUACAAGCAAUAAGAGUUCAGAUAUCAACAGCUACUUUUUGGAUUAGAUUAUAUGAUCUUCUUUUGGGUGCUAUGAAUGAAAAGGUGGUGAGUAAGAUUGGUAAUAGCAUUGGUGUAGUGGAGGAGAUUGACGUUGAAAAGGAUGAAGUUGCAUGGGGUGAGUUUAUCAAAAUCAGAAUACUCUUGGAUGUUACAAAACCGUUGUUGCGAGGAAAAUGUAUAAACUUGGGCAAUCAUGGUAGCUGCUGGGUUCGUUUUACAUAUGAGAGAUUGCCUACAUUUUGUUAUGGUUGUGGUCGCUUGGGUCACAGUCAUAAGGACUGCAGCAUCUGGAAGAAUGAUCAAGGAGCAUGCAAGGAAGACAACCUUCCUUUUGGUCCAUUGUUGUGA